GGUGAGGUCAUAAGCUCGGUGGGAUUGGCCCCCCCCCCCGGCCUAUCCUGCCUAUCAUUUGGGGCUGACCGGUCCUGGCUUAAAUACGGGCGUUGCGCCCGGUCGCUGAACCUGUUUUUUCUUUCUUCAGAUCAGAAGAUACCCAUUUACACCUUGCUCCAACACACUUUCUACCCAUCAAUCAACCCCACCAAACCUAAAUCCCAAUCCAUCAUCAUGUUCAGCUGGUUCAAGUCUGCCAACAAGGAGUCCGCUCCCACCACCCAGCAGCCCACCUGGAACCCCGACACCAUGACCAUGCAGCAGCCCCAGCACCCCGACGCCCCCAUCUCCGAGCGUGUCGUGUCGGGUCAGCCUGGCCAGCAGGAGACGAUGCAGAUGAGCCUGCGUGGUGGUGGUGAGGGCGAGGAUGUCUGCUGUGGCGUUUGCGCUGGUCUCGCCUGCUUCGAGUGCUGCGAGUGCUGCUGCUAG